AUGGCCAUCGAAAUGGAGGAAAAGCUCUGUACCAUUGUCCUCCACGAUGAUCGCGUCACGAAGAAAGACGUCCUGGCCAGUAACCGAGCGAUGCAUGUGGGCGAAUUCGCAUAUCUCAACGCGCCAGGAGCCAGGACGUUGUGCAUCGCCCCAGCAGGACUUGCUUCCAACUCUACCGAAAUCUCCAUCCAUGUCACGUUGGCGCAGAAGUUUGGGUUUGAGAAUCGGACGCAAGGCCGGAUCCAGAUCAUUGAGGAUCCCGACCCGGCUACAGCCACUCAUGUCGAGAUGUUCUUCCGGGACCAGUUCCUCUCCCGAGCGGACAUGUGGCAGUUGAUGGGCCGGCUGCAGGAUACUGUGCUGUAUCACGGGCAAACUAUCAACUAUCUGGGCUCUGAGACGGCUGAAGUCAAGCAAAUCUAUAUUGCGGGUCAGGAGGUUGAAUCGGCCAUUUCCUCACAUCCACACACGAAACCAAUCUUUCGCAGUGGGAGCGCAAGGUACACCAUCUUGAUCGAAGUUUCUAGGGAGAUGUUAGAGAACUGGAGCAACGGCGAUCUUAUGUAUGAACGGAUGAUCGACGGCUUUCUGCCCGCUCUUUUCCGGCGAUGGGAGUCGCUGAAGGUUAAGCAUCAGAUCUCCAUCGUCCUAUUCGGACGCAUUGUCAACGUGCAUGCCAGUGGGAACAAUGGGCAUGCGGAUAAGGUGCUGGAUAACGAGGACUUUUUUCAUGUUCUUGUGUCAGAAGUGGCAAGUGCAUCCUGGCGACAGAUCAUGCGAAGACUGAAGAGAGCUUUCAACGAUCAUAGGCUACCACACUCUGUAUCCUUGGCUGCUGACACCAACAUGUUGGAAGCCAUUCAUCUGACAGCUAUGGACUUUGCAGAUGAUCAGAACGAUGCACAUCUCAUGAGCACUGGCACUUCGAUGAUAGCCAUCACAGCAGGAUCAGGCCUCUUUGAAGCUGAUCACACCUUGUUGAAGCAGACAACGGACUUACUAGUCGGCAACAGCAUCGGUGUGGACAUCGUUGCGCUCUCGCCAAAACCUCUGCAUCCCGUACCACUCUUCAGAUACGACCAUAACGGCACUGUCGAGUUUGCGCUACCUCAUUGGGUUGACAUCUCGUUCUGGAGGGAUCCACAUGAUGAAGCCCGCUCCACUUGGACCUUGACUAAUAUCGAAGAGCCCGUGGAGGACAUCGCUCUACCUCUUCUGCGGGAAAGCGGUUGGAGUGAGGUUGACACGAGCACCAUGGACUAUCACGAUAAUCAGGUUUUCCAGGAUCGUGGACCCUCAUCACAAUCCAUUCUAGACUCUUCCCCGGCUAUUACGACUGUGGACCCCAUUGGCUCAGUGGAGACGAUGAAGGGAGUUCCUAUACCUGGCUCCUCGCCUAAGAAAAACAACCCCACUGCUCCAGUUCCGGUUGAUGAAAGCCCUAGAAGUGGCAACUCCGAUGCUUCGAAUAAAGAGCCCUUAUCAAGAGCGAAGCGCCCGCGUCUUCCACCUCAUCCGCUAAUGCAGUCUGGACGCAAGAUCAGUGUUGGACCAAAAGGUCUAGCACCUAGUAGGGGUGUCGCGAGCACUACACUGUCGACCGCCCAUGCUCAGCACGAAAGGGAAAUGGGGCUUGGCAUAUCAGCAACUCCCAGUGACAGCUCAAAUGGCCUCGCAAAAGCUAUCAGACGAUCUCUUGCCAGGCAGCCAUCUCAGCAAAGUCUGGUGUCGCAUCGGACCAGUGGAUCGGAUCAGUAUCAGACUUCUAGGCCUAUCGACAUUGCGAGCGUACCCGAAUCGUCUGAAGACGAAGAGUCAAGUGACCCAGCAGGCGACCUGAAACAAGGCAUUGCAGAUACCAUGGUUGGCACUGCACUUGAGCAUGAGACCUCCCUUUCUGCGACUCCCAAGGCAAAGAACAUGUUCCCUCGCAAGGGCUCAAUGAAUGAUAGCCUGGAUAUGCUGUCACCUUGGGUCAUGCUAUUGAACCCCUGCAACCCGCGAAGGGACAACAUGCGAGUGGCCAGUCAGUAUCGCAAAUGGCAACACGUCUUUCCGCGAGCUGUCAGCUCUGGUGCCUUCAAAUGGUCGUCAAUGUGCUCGCCGGCUGCUCUCCCUUUGACCGCUGAGUACAAGCCGUCGGCCUCUGAGCUUGAGACACAUUACCGAAAGAAAGUUCGGCGGCAUGUCAUAUCGAACUCGUCUGGCCUCAAGAAUGAGACUGCUCGCGUGUUGGUGGAGAGGUUGAUCGACGUUCGACUGAUACGAGGCUUCCAGAUUGUUGCAAUUCGCAAUACUGGCAGUGAUCACACCUUCCAAUCUAAAGACAAGCCCGUACUUCUGUCUCUCGGUAGACGGUAUCAUGAACUACAGCGCUUCUCAGACUUCGAAAUCCAGGUCGUUCAGUACGAUCCAAAGACGGGUAUUGGCAGCGAAGACAACGGCACGCAGCACUAUCUCACGUCAUAUGAGCCCAAAAUGCGAAUCAUGACGGGCAUGACGGUCAAGCCUGAAGUCACAUACCAUUCAGAAUCUCCAAUCGCUGACUGGUCAUCACUUGACGAGUAUAUCCUUGGUCUGCUACCUGCACCAGAGGUCAAUGCAUCGUUCAAGGUCCGCCUGAUAUUGGUGCCCGUGGAGAUGACAAAAUCUGACCGGAACGCCCAAACCCGUCUUGGAGGCCUUUCCGAUGAAGAGCGACGCAUCGAAGGAAUCCAGCGACUCACGCAGACUUGGCAACGACAGCGGCACUUCUCGGUUGAAGAUCAACAACGCCAUGUAUCCAUCACAAAGUCCAAACCGACGUCAAGUGCUCCAGAACGGGACCAAAACCCCUUGGCAAUCGACUACCAGACGAAGGACACAAGUAUUAUUGUCAAUGCGCAAGGACAUACUCUUCCCAGUCAGCUUGAGGGUGGCGAGCUGAGUACACCACUCUUCAAAGAUUCCGAGAAGCAUCACAGUAGCAACUUCGACCUAGAAAAGCUUGUCAAGCAGAUGCAGGAGCUGCCACCGUUUGGUGUAGAGAUGCGAGACCGAAGAUGGCUCACCCUCACCCAUCUCAAAUGUUUUAGAGGAGAUGAGAUGACCUCCUGGCUGCAGGGUGCCUUCAAAGAUCUGGAACUUCGUGAAGAUGCAGUGGCUCUUGGAAACGAAUUGAUGAACCGCGGUAUCUUCUCGCAUGUGCGGCAGAAGCACAAAUUCCGCGAUGGGAAUUAUUUCUACCAGAUUGCGAGCGCCCACAGAACGACAGAGUAUCCCGAUACCCAAGGCCUGUUCAGCAAGGCGCCGUGGAGAUCGAUACCUGCUACGCCAAUCGCAGAAUCUGUCAAAUCGCCUAUCAUUCGACCUCUCACCAACGAUUCCAGCUCUUCAUCAGGCAGGCCAACUCCAGUGCUGGGUCCAAUCGACCACAAGGCGAAGGAGGUACUUUUGAGCCAGAUGAUGCGGUACAACGUGGAUCCUCAGAAGAAGUCUGAUCAUCUCCAGGUCAUUGAUCUUCAUUAUGAUCGAAUCCACAACCCCGAGAACUGCUACCACAUUCAGCUCGAAUGGCUCGGCGCUUCCACCAAGCUUGUCAGAGAAGCGAUAUCUCGAUGGUCGAGCACUAUUGAUGGAUACGGACUCAAGCUCAUCCAAGUGCCAUUGCAAGAAGCUUCCAAGUUUCGAGAACAUCACCCCUUCGACCAACCCCAACCCAUACGACUUGCCGUCAGACCUCCAGACAAGAUACUUGCGACGCCAAUCAUCCAGCCACAUUCGGUAUCUCCUCGCCCCGUCGAGGAUCAUUUCGCUUACCACAAAGCUAUUCUGCGCCAGCACGACUUCGCUCUUGACUACGAAGCUGCAAGCGAAUUCAACACUGAUCUCCAAGUGACUUACUCUUGGGGCCCACCGACCUACUCACAUACUCAGUUUGUGCACAAGUCGGGUCUCGUCCUCGCACAGAUUCUUAGCAACGAAGUAGGCGAUUUCAUCCUCCUCCCCAAUCGCCUUGCUUCAAGCAGAACAUCUUCGGCCUCCACAUCGUCGUCCUCUUCGACGGCUACGAAGCUCACAGACGUGGAAACGAUCGAAAGCAUCACCAGAAGUUUCAAGGACUUCUGCCGAAAUGAGGAGAUGCUGAAGCAGUUUUUCAGCCAGGCUGAUCGGCCCAAGGGGUUUGCGCCCAGUCCUUUCGCGGGUGCUACGCUUGCGGCGGACUUUGAUGUUCCACCUAUGCAGUUGCCGCCGCAUUUGAGUCACAGAGCGCAGGGGCAUAGACAUUUGUUGGGAAUGAUUGAGUAG